UUAAAAUAUAUGUAUGCACUUCAUAUAUAUUUUAAUAUAAUUAAUCUCGGAUGUAAUCGUUAUUAAACUUUAGAAUUUAAACCAGAGAUUAUCGUACCAUAUCUCGUAUCUAAAUGAUAUCUGAUAAGUAAACUGUGUAGAUUACAAUUGCGAAAAUAAUAAUAAUAAUAAUAAUAAUAAUAAUUUUUUAAACUAUUAAUGCAAGAUGUAGAAAAUAUUUUAUUUAAAAAAAAUAGAUUUAUUAGCAUAAAACAAUAUUUUCCUGUUUAUCUCCAUGCUUAGUAGAAGCCAUCCAUAUGCAAGAAUCCUUACUCAAGCACAUAAAAGUUAAAAAUCCAUUUAACAAAAUUAAUUAUAUUAGUCUUCCCUUGUUUCUAUUCUACGACUCAAGUGUGAAUAAGAUAUCAAACAAAUGUAUUUUACAGAAAAUUUGAAUCCACUUAAAAUAAUAUAUUCCCAUUAAUGCUCUUGAGAUAUUGGAUAUGGGUUCGGGACUUAGCAGAGAGGAAAAAGAUAGGCGGGAAGAGAAAAUGACAAAUACUAAUGUAGCCAAAUCCAAUGGUAAUAAGAAUUCUGAAUUAGCCGAAGUCGUGCAGCAGAAAAACUUGCAAAAUUUGAAGAAGGCGCCCAAAAAAAAAUGGAAACGUCUGACGAGAAGCGGAAUUAGAACUCAACCGAAAAAACUAGAAACUGAAUUAGCCGAAUGUCAACUUGCUUAUGCAAAAGGCGUAUUGGAAAAUAUAGAUAACGAUGAUCUAACUUUAUUGCAUCUUCUUGCUUUGAGUGCACUCGAGUUAACGGCACCAGCCAGCGAUAUAUUAUUAAAGAAUCAGGUGAACAACUGGGUCCAAUUAUCUGGACAUGAAGGUUCUCUUGCUCCCGCGGGACCGGGCACCAUUUGGAAAAAGAGGCCUCCAGAUAAUUCUGAAGUUAAAGCUUACGAGGCUUUUGCUAAAGAUGUGAUACACGACAUGGUGCCUCGAUAUUAUAAAGACGUGGAGUAUAACGGCGAACAUUUCAUAGAAAUGGAAGAUCUACUCUUCAAUUUUAAGAAUCCUUCAAUAAUGGACAUUAAAAUGGGUACAAGGACAUUUUUAGAGUCGGAGGUCCAAAAUAGUAAAGCAAGGAACGAUUUAUAUGAGAAAAUGGUCAAGAUUGACACAGAUGCUCCAACCAGUGAAGAAAGGAAAAUCAGUGCAAUUACUAAACUUCGUUAUAUGCAAUUUAGAGAAAAUUUGAGUUCGUCAUCAAAUUUUGGUUUCAGAAUAGAAGGUUUCAAGGCCGAAGGAAAGGAACCGAUCAAAGAUUUGAAACAAGUCAGAGAGCGACACGAAGUAAUCGCCACUCUAAAACUGUUCUUGGGUAAUAGUGAUAGCAUCACAUCCCAAUUAAUAGAGAGACUAAAAUUACUUCGGAAAAAGUUCGAAAAAUCUGAAUUUUUCUCUAGACACGAGGUGAUAGGUAGUAGCCUUCUCAUCGUCCACGAUGGUAUGAAAGUCGGAGCGUGGAUGAUCGAUUUCGCCAAAACAGUCUCUCUUCCCGACGGAGUUACCAUCGAUCACAGGUCCCCGUGGGUUCUCGGUAAUCACGAAGAUGGAUAUCUAUUUGGAUUAGACAAUUUAAUUUCUGUUCUUGAAGACUGUCUCGAUUCUCAGACGGAGACUUGAUCCGAACGAUUCAAAAAUAAUUUCUGCCGACAUACAGGCUUUGUACAGAUGAUUUCAGAGAUUACAUGCCCGAUAAUUUUGAAGGAGUCCUUGUUUAUAUAAUUUAAGAAUAGAGCAGAAUAUUAGCUUUUUAUAUAUUUAUUUUUAAAACGUGCAUAAUUUGAGUAUAAAUUUUGUACAGUUUUAUUGUAAUUAUUUUGUAGAUACUUUUUUCAAUUGAGAAAAAUUAAAUUAUGAAUUUACUCUAAGAUUUAAAAGAUCUGAAUAAGAGUGAAAAGUGCCAUGUCAAGCUCAAGUUAAAUGUGCCACAUAAAUUUUGAAAUCGUCUGUCUGUUUAUAUAUAUAUAUUGAUCUAGUAAAUUAUGUUUGCAUGGCUAAAUGUCCUAUGUAUCUCAUAAAAUUAAAAUUUGAAAAAUCAUACAAAAUCUCUUGUAAUUUAAUAUUUUGAAGAUCCAAAUCACAGUGAUUAGAAACUAACACAUUGACAAAACCUUGACUUUUGGAACACCUUGUAGUACACCUUGACAAAAGUCGCCAUGCAUAGCAAAAAUGAAAAUUUGGACAAAAUGUACCUUUUAUUUACAAAACACUACACUUUGGCCAUUUCUUUGUAUGUGUGCACGAAGUCAUGAAUACAGCCACUUCUUUCGAAACAUUCCCGAAGAGUAUCGGAAAAUGGUAUGGCAACUUUUGGGAUGCCCCAUAUUAAACAAAACAAUAAGGUAAUGUCAUAAGACAUAUGGGGUAGUCCAAAAACUAUAAUUUUUGGACUAUAAUAAGUUUGGAAUAUAAUAAGUUUGAACACCUUAUCCUACUAUUUAACAUUUAAAUAUUAUUUAAUAUCACAAUUAUUUAAUAUUUAA